AUGAUGAAUGGUACAUGCACUAUUUUCAUUUGCAACACAAAUUCUAAGCUAGAAUGGUACUGCUAUUUGCUGAUUACACUUUGCAUUUUCACUUUAUUAGCAGGAUUUCUAGGCAAUAUACUUGCACUACGAUAUUACACGUGCUACAUGAAGACAUGGACUACCAACACCAUAUUCCUCUUUAAUUUGGCACUGUGUGACUUCACUUGGACUCUGAUGGCACCUUUUUCAGUGUAUUAUAGUCUCCAGAAGUUACCUGUUGCUUCCAAUCAAUCAUUUUAUCGGAUCAUAAGACUAUUUUUCAGCAUUAAUAUCUACGGAAGUGUCUAUUUCCUGACACUUGUCAGUUUUGACAGAUACAUAGGUGCUGUCCACCCUAUCACUUCAUUAACAUGGUGGGACAAAGAAAAGGCCGUGUUUUGCACCAUUGCGAUGUGGAUCUGCGUCACGAUUGCAUCGAUGCCAGAAGUUUACUACACAGUUACAGCUGGAGAACAACAGGACAUCACACUUUCCCUGGAUAGCACUGAAGGGCCUUCACAAUUUGCAGUGCCGUUCACGCUCUCCAAGACUGUACUGAGAUUCCUAAUUACAGCCACAGUCAUCCUUACGUGCUAUAUAUUGACUCUCAAAGCAUUACUACAACUCAGUAAACGUCAGCAAAGAAGGAACAGACUUGUUAGACCUCUGUUACUCAUUUCAGCCACUAUGAUUAUAUUUGCUGUUUCCUUCAUACCUUAUCAUGUGAUGAUGAUGGUGACACUAAUUUACAGACUUAAUUGUCAGCUGCCCUGUGGGAACGUAAGGACAUUAAAUGUCAUUUAUAAAGUCACAGAGAUUAUCUGCAGCAUCAACAGUUGCCUUGACCCCAUCAUUUUUACCAUAGCAAAUAAGACAUUCUAUCAAAGAAGUAUAAAAUGUCAUCCCAAAUGCCAGUGCUGCUGUUGUCUGACAGGAAGGGUAAGCGACAUCACUCUGUCCCCAGGAACAACGACUUAA